UGCGCUCCCUCCGCGCCCCCGGCUCUCCCAGUGACAGGCGCGGCCCCGGCGCUGGCUCCUCCCGGAGGAGGAGGGGAUCCCGGGUGUCUCGGUGCGCGGUGUUGGCCCCCAUGGCGGCGGCGCCCCCCAGUAAGAGCGGCCGGUGGCUGCAGCGGUGCCUGGAGUCUGGCGGGGGCGGCCUGCUGCUGCUGGACUGCCGGCCUCAGGAGCGCUUCCAGGCGGCGCACAUCGAGGCGGCCGUCAGCGUCACCGUGCCCGGCCUGAUGUUGCGCCGCCUCCGCACGGGCAGCAUGUCCGUCCGCUCCGUCAUCGCCAGCGACCCCGAGGCCUUCUCCCGCCGCCGGCAGGUGGACUCCGUGCUGCUGUACGACGAGGCGACCCUGGACUGGCCGGACAACCAGAGCUCGGUGCUCGGCCUGCUGCUCCACAAGCUCCGGGAGGACGACUGCCGAGCCUACUACCUGCGAGGUGGAUACAGUAAGUUCCAGAGGGAGCACCCGGAGCAUUGCGAGCUCGGCCUGGAGAUCCCCUCCCCCACCGAUCCGGGGCCGGAUUCUCUGCUCGGAUUGUCCAGUCUCAGGAUAAGUUGUGAAAGUUCCGAUGGUGAAUCUGACCGAGAACCCAACAGUGCGACCGAAUCGGAAGGAAGCCCCGCCCUCACCAACCAGGCCACGUUCCCCGUCCAGAUCCUUCCGUAUUUAUACCUCGGCUGCGCCAAAGAUUCGGCUAACCUGGACAUACUGGGGAAAUACAACAUCCGCUACAUCCUGAACGUCACGCCCAACCUGCCCAACGCCUUCGAGCACAACGGCGACUUCAAGUACAAGCAGAUCCCCAUCUCCGACCACUGGAGCCAGAACCUGUCGCAGUUCUUCCCGGAGGCCAUAUCCUUCAUCGAUGAAGCUCGUUCCAACAAGUGCGGGAUCCUCGUCCACUGUCUCGCAGGCAUCAGCCGCUCGGUCACGGUCACCGUGGCGUACCUCAUGCAGAAGCUCAACCUCUCGCUGAACGACGCCUACGACUUCGUGAAGAGGAAAAAGUCCAACAUCUCGCCAAACUUUAACUUCAUGGGACAGCUGCUGGACUUCGAAAGGACCCUGAAAAGCCCCUGCGACAUCCGCUCGCCCACAAACCAGCUGUACUUCAGCACGCCCACAAAUAACAACCUCUUCCAGCUGGACAGCCUGGAGUUCACAUGAUGACUCCUCCGGGCGUGGAUGAUGGGAGUCGUGUAUGUUCACCCUGUGUCAUCUAAAGAAAUGGCAGAUGAUCUGAAUGUCCGACACGAUGAACGAGCACAGAGCGCACAACCGGCUCGCCGGACAGAAGGCUGCAGAGGCACUCCAGCAAUAUGGAGGGAGGGGGCAUUCUCCUUACUGUUUGUACCCCUCCCCCCCUUUCACAAAAUUUGGGGGAACCACGAUAGUGCAGAAUUGGGGUUGGGGUACUCUGCUUAGUUGCUACGUUUUGUGUUGUCAUCAUAGCUUUUUCUGACCGCGGCGAGUCGGUUGUGCGCUCCACGUAUCUAUGGUUGAGAUGGCGUCUGAUUUCCAGAAUGUAAGAAUGAUUGUUUAUACAUCAAAUAAACAUAUUUUUCUUUAUUACGA